CCCAAAGGUCCAAAUCAUUCUCCGUGGGGCUCAGCAUCUCCUACCACUCUACCAGCGGCGCUGCGGCGACGGCGGCAGCGGCAGCGACGGCGAUGCGGCUGCUCUCUGGCGCCUCGGCGUCCCGCCUUCCCUCUUCUCUGUUCUCACACCCCCGCGCAAGGACAAGAUGCGUCCCAGCCUCCUCCUUCGCCUGUCGGGCAGCCUCUUCAUCAGCCGCGGGCACAGGCGACGGCGGCGCGCGGAAGCCGUGGCUCUUCGUCGGGCUGGGUAACCCCGGAAAGGUGUACCAGGGAACUCGCCACAACGUUGGAUUCGAGAUGAUCGAUGUUAUAGCAGAAGCUGAGGGUAUAUCUCUGAGCAGUAUGCAGUUCAAGGCAAUGGUUGGAAAAGGCCGCAUUGGUGAUGCACCUAUUAUGCUUGCCAAGCCACAAACCUUUAUGAAUGCAAGUGGUGAGUCUGUCGGGCAGCUGGUUUCAUAUUUCAAAAUACCACUUAAUCAAGUCGUUGUGAUGUAUGAUGAUCUGGAUUUACCCUUUGCAAAACUGCGCCUGCUGCCAAAGGGUGGGCAUGGAGGACAUAAUGGGAUGAGAAGCAUCGUCAACCAUUUGAAACAAAGCCGUGAUUUUCCACGCCUGAGAAUUGGCAUUGGACGACCACCUGGGAAGAUGGAUCCUGCAAAUUUUGUUCUCCGGCCUUUUAACAAGAAAGAGCAAGAAGAGCUUGAUUUCGCGUUGCAUAGGGGCUUGGAGGCAGUGAGAAUAAUGGUGCUUGGAGGAUUCAACAAGAGCGCAACUUACGUGAACACUGCACAGUCAUCCGAAAUGCUGAACAGAUGAUGGCCCCCAUAUAAACUACAGUGUUCGACUUAAUUCCCAUGCCAGAGUCGAGAUUGGAACUGCAGCAAGUCACACUGCAGUCAGCUUCACCUGAUUCAUCAUUCAUCAUUUGCACGUUAGCCAUGUUCCCUGCAAGAAAGUUCUGACAGCUGAGGUGUUCAAUUGGAGCAUACUGUGAUAUGAACAAUCUAAGUAACUGCGAAUCCAUGAUCCCAUAACAUUCUUCUGUAUUAUACUUAUAUACUACCUUCUUGAUUUCAUAUGUUGCGUGCAACUUUAACAUUUCGAAAAGCUACAUACCCUACACCUUGAAAAUCGACACUGUUUAGCGUCUUUGAUC